ACCGUUAUAGUUGUUUUUGUUUAAUAUUUUUGUAAUUCUGUUUUUUAAUCCCAGUGUGUUUUUUUAAUUUUAAAAAACUUAAUGAUUUUAAAAAAGAAAUAAUCAUGCGUAUACCUGAUGAUGUUAUUUGUAAAGUUUGUCAAGGUGUUUUUUGUUGUGCUGAAUGUCGUCACAAACAUGAAAUAAAAAAUCAUGCUAUAAUAAUUCGCAAACCUAUUGAGAAUCCAACUGCGAACGGUUGUGUUCAUGAAGGAGGUUCCGCAGUUGUAAAUGAUACCGCAACAGCUUAUGAAACAAUUUAUCUAUUUUGCCCCAUUUGCGAAAAACGACCCUUACCCUUACAGCCAGAAUUGCAUAAUGAAAUACUCGAACAUAUAGAAUUAAAACACUUGCCAUUGCGUUGCCAGAAAUGCUUUAAAAUCUAUAAUAAAGUUGAUGAUCUUAAAGAAUUUUCAAAAUGUAUACAUCCUAGCGCUGUGUGUCAGGAAUCAAUUAAUUCAAAUCAAACUUGUUACACGGAUGAAGCAUCUAAAGUCACUGUUACUAAAUCCACAAUGCCACAUUGCAUCGCAUCACAAAAUUCUCCUAUGAGACGUCAUGAUUUUAAUGAAAGCCAUUUGACACCUAUAUCGGUAAUAAAUAUGCGUUGGAAAGCCAAAAGUAAAUUAACCCAUGAAGAAUUUAUAAGUGAUAGUGUUUCGUCGAUAAAGAAUAUAUCAUCUAUAAGUAAUUCCUCAAUCAGGCGUAGUAUGGGAGUUGCCUCGGCAGUGAAGGGCAAAGUUAUACGGUGUUCUUCGACGCCUGUUCAUCUGGAAAUGGUAUUUGCUAAGCCAAAAGAGCAAACAUUUAAUGCAACUGGCGGUGGUCAUAUGUCAAGUAUACAAUAUAACAGUAGCUUGGAAUCGGAUAGUCCAGCUUUUCCUCAACCAAGCAGUCAAGCCGUUGAACCUAUGAACCGUUAUAUGAAAGUUGCAGGAUCACGUCCUAGAAUGUCUGCGGUCACCCCCUUGCGACAGGUUAUGUCUAAAAGUAUUCAAAAAGCAUUUGCAGAACAUGGACUGCCUGCGUCCACAGCUCUUCGAGGUUCGAAUGCCUUUCAUCGUAAAAAGAUGUUUGAUAACACAUCAUCACCUGAGGUUAACGACGAACAAUCUCCACAACCACCUGCCUUAGAUUUACGUUUGUCGCCGGCUGUCCGACGUAGACAAACUGAAAGUGAGGAAUCUUUAGAACAACAAACAACUUAUAAUCAGCCAAAGCAACGUAAUGAUUUACCCAAUUUAAGACGUAAAAUUUUACUAUCGGCCCAAAAACUUACAACCGAGUCCAUUGUUAUAACGCGCACGGAACAUUUGUCCAGUGUUUCAUCUUCAACCUCGGCAGCUAGUUCGAAUGGUAGUAUGAAUUCUGUGAAACCCUAUGCUAGUUCGACAAACUCAUCUUAUCAUUCUGCCGCUGGAACAUCAAAUAGCACAGGAGGUUCUGUAUUCAAAUCAUGCAGCAGCGUUGAAAUUAUCACCGCCACUACCGAACAAAUUCAACAGUUACAAUCAUUCGAUGCAGGAAACGUACGACACACUGCAUUGCCACCCCUAACGCCAAUAACUCGUAUUCCGGGCGCUGUUAUACACAAAAAGAUAAUCAAAUUUGAAACUCCUAAAAUAGAGUCACGUGACUCGGUUGAAUCUCAAAAUUCACCAAAUGAUGUAUUUUUCACACCCAACUCAUCACCAGCACAUAAAUAUCAUGAAAAUGAAUCGGCCGAAAUUAAACAGCGCAAACUUAUGGUAAAACAAAAUUUGAGUGGACGUUUCUCACCGCUACGAAGGCCUUCUAUAAAAGAAUGUGCCCAUAGCACAGCUUUCAGUCGUAUAGAAAACAUAACGCAUGACUUCGAUGAUGAUGAUGUUGAUUGCGUUGAUGUUGAAGAUGAUGAGGUUUUUUUGCCGGAAGAACCCGAAAAAUUGUUACAAAAAUCUGAAUGUGAAGUAAAAAAAUCAACUGAACCUCAACAGUCUAGUGGUUUAUGGUCCUUAAUGACUUCAGUUAUGCGUUUACCCUCACGUAAAGGAUCAAAUACAAAGGAUUCACCCAAAAAUGAUUCGUGUGUAUUGGUUGAUGCUAAUUCCAAUUCAAUAAUCAAAAGAUGUGCCUCCAUAGCUGGUUCUUUGGUUCGGCCCAAGCCAUUAGUAGACGAAAAUGAGUUGAGUACCCUAAAACGUAAACGAACCUAUACCACAGAUAAUCAAUCGACUUCAGCAUAUUUAGCACAAUUGAAUAAUUCGGAAUCUACUUCUCCUACCUCUGAGUUUAAUACUUCAUCAAAACGUUUCCGUAUUCAGGGACGCCGACCAAUAGAUCGCAUGCGUUUAAAUAGUUAAUAUGAUAAUCUAUGUAUUUAAUUUAUUUUAAUGUUUAACAUGUUUUAAAUAAAUUUUUUUGUGAAAUUA